GUCGUUAGGGUUUUAUUAUCGCCUUUCGUUGUUGUAGAAGACAUCACAGAGAGUCGCGGAGCUUAGUAGGGAACAAGGAUCGAAAAUGCCGUCGCACAAGACUUUGAAGAUCAAGAAGAAGCUGGCGAAGAAGAUGAGGCAGAACAGGCCCAUCCCUCACUGGAUCCGUAUGAGGACCGAUAACACCAUCAGGUAUAACGCGAAACGCAGGCACUGGCGCCGUACUAAGCUAGGGUUUUGAGGUCGAAGCGGAUUUCUUCUCUCUCUAUUCUUGGU